AUGACGGAUCACCCCGAGGACGAGGAGUUGGAAUUAACAUACGAAGUCGAAGAUGACGGAGACGCGUUAAAAGCAGGAGAAGGCGAAGCUCAUAACGAGGACGAAGAGCGGAAAGGUAGUGUUGGCGGCGGAGCAGCCGGCAGCGGCGGCAACGGCGACGGCGAGAACGUUAGUGGCGGCGGCAGCGGAGGCGGAAGCGGUGAUGGCGGAGACCGAGGAGGCCAGGGGGGUGGGGAAGGGGCGAUCGCGCACAACGCGCAACCGGGAGGUAACGCGCAAGAGCCGGCGGGGCAAGGGGGAAGCGUAGGCGGAACUUCAGGCGCGGACGGGAGUUCCGCCCAGGCGCAUCGUCCCGCGCAGGGCAUGGCGGGGCAAGCGGCAAGCGGAGGCGGAAACUCCGGCGCGCAGCAGCAGCAGGGGGGGGGGAUGGGUGGAAAUGCUGGGCAGAUGGCGCAAGGGGAAGGGCAGGGGGUUGGAGGGUUUCAGGGUCAAGGGGGAAUGGGGGGAAUGGGGGGAAUGGGGGGAAUGGGGGGAAUGGGGCAAGGCGGGAUGGGGCAAGGCGGGAUGGGGCAAGGCGGGAUGGGCCAAGGUGGGAUGGGGCAGGGCGGAAUGGGACCUGGCGGAGGGGGGAUGGGGGCAAUGGGCGGAGGAAUGGGUGGGGGGGGAGCCGGACAAGGCACUAUGGGUCCAGGCGGAAUGGGGGGAGGCGGAAUGGGGCAGGGGGGAAUGGGAAUGGGUCCUGGCGGGGGAGGGGGCGGGGGAGGCGGCGGCGGGGGAGGCAUGGGCGGAGGGGGAGGGGGAGGGGGAGGCGGAGGGGGUUUUGAGGGGUUGGCGGUGUUUGUGGGGGACCUGCACUGGUGGACGACAGACGCGGACAUAGAGGCGGGGGCGUCCGAGUUCGGCAAGGUUGUGGGGGUGAAGUUUUUUGAAGAGAAGGCCACAGGGCGGUCUAAGGGCCGAACCCUGCUUGUCGCUCCUCCCUCGCAGGUUGACUUCGCUGAUGCAGCAGCAGCGCGUGCUUGUAAAGAGAACAUGGCAGGGCGGCUAUUCAAUGGCCGUCCCUGUAUAGUCACACCUGCCACCCCCCAAACCCUAAGGCACCUUGCUAUGGCUUCCGCCCAACCUGGCCCCCACAUGGGGCCCAUGGGGGGAGGUCCGGGGGGGAUGGGGGGAGGAAUGGGCGGAAUGGGGGGAGGCAUGGGCGGAGGCAUGGGGGGGAUGGGCGGGCCAGGGGGGAUGGGGGGAAUGGGGCCUAUGGGUGGAGGGAGAGGAGGUGGGGGUGGGGGAAUGGGGAAUUUUCCUGGAAGGGGUGGGGGUCCGAUGGGGGGCCCGAUGGGAAUGGGGGGAAUGGGGCCAGGUAUGGGGGGUAUGGGGGGAGGGAUGGGAGGAGGAAUGGGGGGAGGAAUGGGAGGAGGGAUGGGAGGGGGGAUGGGAGGGGGGAUGGGAGGAGGGAUGGGGGGAGGUAUGGUGGGUCCCAUGGGUGGUAUGGGCAUGGGAGGGGGGAUGGGGGCAGGAGGGGGCCCAAUGGGUGGGGGAGGGCCAAUGGGGGGGGGAAUGGGAGGAGGAAUGGGAGGAGGAAUGGGAGGAGGAAUGGGAGGAGGCAUGGGGGGAGGCAUGGGGGGAGGCAUGGGCGGAGCGGGCCCUAUGGGGGGAGGUUCUGGGCCAGGGAGAGGCUUUGGGCGCGGGGGAAUGAUGCCUGGGCGGGGCAUGGGGAUGGGGGGAAGAGGGGGGGUCGAUGGGGGAAGGGGGGGAAGAGGAGGGGCAGGCGGGGACUGGGGUGGAGGGAUGGGGGGAGGAGGGGGUAUGGGAAGGGGGGGAGGGGGAAGGGGAGCUGGCGCAGGGGGAAUGCCCUUCCCCGGAGGGCCCCCUAUGGUGGGAGGUGGGGGGUUCGAUCCGUCAAUCGGCCCAGGGGGGAUGGGGGCAGGAGCGGGAACUGUGGCAGGGGGAGGGGGGGGAGGGGGAAGGGGUUUUGUUGGUCCACCAGGGGGAGGGGGAGGCUUCGCCAGGGGAGGCCCUGGUACCACAGGAAGCGGGGAGUAUUUCGAAGGCGAGGGAGGGGCGAGCUCUCAUAGAGGAGGGGGUGGGAAAAGAGGAGAGAAUGCUGAGGAAGGGAAUGAAUGA